CCCAAAAUGACAAGCGGGCUAGAGGUAGAAUAAAAGAAGCCGUAUUAUAAAUACCAUACCCCCCCUCAAAAUACCGGACUUUAAAACUUAAUUUCAUGUUCCGUGUUUAUAGAUGUUUUUCCCGUAGUGUAUGGUCUAUUUAGAGUUACUUCGCAUCAAAAGGGGGUAUGUAAGUGAAUUAAACUUAACCAAAUUAUAUUUAUACGGAUUCCGUAAGAGACACUUAAUGUUCAUGAUAGCGUAACAAAACGGCACAGGAAAGAGCCUCGAGGCCCCGAAAUUAACGUAAAAAUAUACUCAGCAUGUGCGACUUGAUCCCAUCAUCGCAGGCAUCGGAAAAAAUCGGAAAAAUGAAAAAGUUGCGAAGAACUUUCUCUGGCAGCUUCAGGCGCAUCGCAUCCAAAAAAGACACUGACCACUCCUUUGAUGAGAUAUGUGUCACGAAGAUGUCCACACGGAGCUGCCAGGGAACGGACUCGGUCAUCAAGCCCCUGGACACCAUCCCUGAGGACAGGAAGGUGCGGGUGCAGCGAACCCAGAGCGGCUUCGACACCUUCGAGAAGCCGGCCAGCCAGGUCAAGAGGGUCCACUCGGAAAACAAUGCCUGCAUCAGCUCCAAGGGGGCGCCAUCGAGCAAGGAGUCUCCCAAGCUCCGUCGCCACUCAAACCCCCGCUCGCCAACAAGCCCCAAGUUUGGCAAGGCGGACUCCUACGAAAAGCUGGAGAAGCUGGGUGAGGGCUCAUACGCCACCGUCUUCAAAGGAAAGAGCAAGGUGAAUGGCAAGAUGGUCGCACUGAAAGUGAUCCGGCUACAGGAGGAAGAAGGCACCCCGUUUACCGCCAUAAGGGAAGCUUCUCUUCUGAAAGGCCUGAAACACACUAACAUAGUGUUGCUCCAUGACAUCAUCCACACCAAGGAAACGUUGACUCUGGUCUUUGAGUACGUGCACACAGACCUGUGUCAGUACAUGGAAAAACAUCACGGUGGUCUACAUCCAGAUAAUGUGAAGCUCUUCCUGUUCCAGCUGCUGCGUGGUCUCUCCUACAUCCACCAGCGCUAUAUCCUGCACCGUGACCUCAAGCCCCAGAACCUGCUGAUCAGCGACACUGGCGAGCUGAAGCUGGCCGACUUCGGGCUCGCCCGUGCCAAGUCGGUCCCCAGCCACACGUACUCCAAUGAGGUGGUGACACUUUGGUACAGACCACCGGACGUCCUGUUGGGUUCCACCGACUACUCGACCUGCCUGGACAUGUGGGGUGUGGGAUGCAUCUUCGUGGAAAUGAUCCAGGGGGUGGCCGCCUUUCCCGGCAUGAAGGAUAUCCAGGACCAGCUCGAACGGAUCUUCCUGGUCCUGGGCACGCCCUCUGAAGACACCUGGCCAGGCGUCCACUCUCUGCCUCACUUCAAACCAGAACGUUUUACUGUGUACAGCCCCAAAAAGCUGAGACAUGCGUGGAACAAGCUGGGCCACACGGACCAUGCAGAGGACCUCGCCUCCCGGCUGCUCCAGUGCUUCCCCAAGAGCCGCCUCUCGGCGCAGGCGGCCCUCAGCCACGAGUACUUCGGAAAUCUUCCUCCGCGGCUCUGGGAGCUUCCUGACAUGUCUUCUACCUUCACCGUCCCCAAUGUUAGACUGCAACCCGAGGAGAGCGCGCGGGCAAGCGGGAAGGCUGCAUGUCACGCCAAGGCCUCUGGCAAGAACUGAGGUCUCCCCACCCCCAGCACCAGACAGCAGAUCACAACGACAAGAAGGGGAAUGAGCUGCAGUGGGGAUUUUUCUUUCAUUAUUCCGUCAUUCUUCAGUUCAGAUCAGCCUCGCGGGCAAAGCGACAAGCCCGGUCCCCCGAGGAGACGCUCGAUGUGCGUCUUACGCCGCGUGAGCACGAAAGCGGCCCAGCUCACCUGUUGACAUGCCGUCCUCGACAACGUCCGCCGCGUCUAACGUCUUCUAACGCCUUCUUUGGAUAAACCCACAAAUAUAAAAACUGUACGGUUUCUGAUGCUGCUCAUGUCUUCUCUAUUAAAGACACGGAUGAAGUGAAACUUUUCAUCCAUAGAAGAAAAAUCAAGGCAAUAAUUAUGUUGACACUAAAGAUAUAUAUCCUGAGUGUUUGACCAGGUAAGAGUUCAGCAAUUCAGGCCAAGGCCAAAGCAGAUUAUCUGAUGAUUGCCUUCAGUACUGAAGGGCUUCUUUCUUCAGCUACAUAGUUGUAUUAUUCACAAACACAUACACACACACACAAACUUGUAUAUCUUUACUGAGGCAAUAUAGAUAGACACAUUGAUGCUACUGUGGAUUUAAUAGACAAAUCCAUCAUUAGGCAAAGACACAAGCACUUCCAGGCUGGGCUGUGCAUGAAGUCAAAUACACCAUCACUUACGUCCUUUUUAGGACAAAUAUUUCUAGCGACCAUUCAGCCGUUAAACUUUCUGAAUGCUUCCCUCCAAUGUGUAUAGGAAAUACUUCAAUACUGAGACCCAAGGGAAAAGCAAUGCAUGAAAAUAUAUCAAUAUUUAUAUAUUACUGUUACAAUGACUAUUGCACCUGGUUGUAUUACAGCCGGAUGUCAGAACGUUCCUUAAUGCUGUGGAGUAACAGGAACCAGUUGUUUGUUUUCAAGUUUGACCGUUGCACAUCCGUUUGGUGGUGGCUUACUGCAUACUCAUCUUUUGUACAUAUUUUUUUAUGUUGUCAGACUUUUUCCUCCAACUCCCAACGAACCGGUUUGUACAUAACGCAGUGAAACAGCCAUCAGUUAUUCCGAAGUUAUGAGUUUGCAUUUCUUGUCCUUGCUACACUCAUUUAGUGCAACCUUGAUGCUGCUUAUAUUACAGAUGCUGGUUGUAAUGCAUCAAGUUGCAAGAGUCUGCUUUGGCUCUAUAGCCUUCUGAUCUACAUUCUAGUCUCAAGUUAUCACCUUGCACUCAGAUGUCUGUAGUGGUGAUGUAAUCAUUGCAAAAACUGUUUUAAUUAGUCCAAUAUUUUACAAGACUGAAACUUGAAGCCUCUUAUUUUAAUUCGAAUGUCAAUCUAUACUAUAAUUUGUUGAGUGAAAGUGAGACCAUUGAUAGAUUGAUUGUUAUCUGUGUACAUGAGCAUGUUUAUUUCAAGUAUAUAUUUCAUCUCAUCUCUUUUAUGGGAGCUGGAUCUGUUCCAUAACUAAAUUGCUUUUAAUUUCAAAAUGCCUACAUGAGGUUUCAGGCUCCACGGACGGCGCUGUGACGGAAGAUCUGAACGGAAAGGUUAGCGAAAAGUAACCUGCCUCUGACAGCAGCACCGUGACGUGAUGCGUUGUUUCCUACAUUACAGAGGUUCUUCUCAUUCUUGGCAAAAAGAAACUGUUUUUCUGAGAUUUCAGAGAUAGUUUGACGUCCCGGACAUUUGGCUUGUUGGUAACAUACUUGUGUUUAUUUGUUGUGUAACUUUUGUUAUAAACUGAAGAUUGUAUAUGUUUCAGGGCCGGUGUAUGUAAUAAUAAUAAUUAUUAUUAUUAUUAAUAAUAAUAAUAAUAAUGCUUAAACCCAGGCGAUUUGGACCAUUAGUGUCCCUCAGGGUGCGUAAAAUAGAUGGAUAUAUAUAUAUAUACACAUACUGUAUAUGUGUAUUUAUGUUUUUUUUUUUUUUUUUGCUCUGUUCCUGUGAGGCGUGUCCAUGUACAUUGAAUGAGGUCUUUUUACACGCGUCCCUGCUGUGCUGAGGCCAGAGUCUGCAUUUUAAAAGGCUCGCUCGCUGUCUCCCCGCCGCUGAGAAGCAGCCCGGAUCCCGAGUUUAAACCGGGUCACAUUCUACACGCUGUGGCUCGGUACAGUAGAGGCUGCUUAUCUCUCUUUGUUAUGACCUGGAUGUAAUGUCACCGCGGGAAAUAUAAUGUCCCCUGUAAACUGUCACCGUUACCUAAAAUAAAACAUCAAUACCUCCAGCAGUGAGACGACAGAAGUGUGACUCGCGUUCUCCGUCUAAAAAGGCAACUUGCAUAAUUUUGUGUUUUUUAGACCAACUGUCCAGUUAUUGUUUGUGUAUGAGGGUUAAAUAUUAGACAUUUCUGUAUCAUUUAGGUGUUUGCUUAUGGUCAGAAUAUAUACAUACAUAUAUUUAUAUAUGUAAGAAAGAGAGAAAGAAAACAACAACGGAAAUAUUGUAGCUGACUUUGCGCUCUGAACACAGAUAGUUCCAUUUCACCUCCUCCCACCGUGCUGGUCCACAGGGCAAUAAGGCUGGGCUCCUCCACAUCACCCGCCCCCCACUGAAGAACCCACAUCACCCGCCCCCCAGGCGAACGCCUUGUUAGUUCUGCAGCCAGAUAACCGGCCAGCUGCGGGCUUGUCAGUUCACAAUCUGCUUUAAUUUCACAGUUCCCUCCAUCCAUCAUUAAUCCAGCCAGGGACAGGAGCCCCCUGCAGACCGGCUGUACGGCUUUAUCGCUGCAGUGCACUUUCAUCGGCCCAGUUUGGGACCGCUAACGGAGGGGCGGUGGGUUCGCAAUUACUGUGAACAUCAUCCCGCACGCGCUGGUUGCCCAGUUAACAUGUAGGACCACGGGGUGAAAAAUGAAUGCAUGUCACCUCUGUUCGUCUGCGGUCAAUAAGUUUAACCCAAUUAUAAACACUGUAUACAGUAAACUAUACAA